AAAGAGUGAUGUUUAUAGUUUUGGGGUGCUUUUGUUGGAGCUAAUAACUGCAAAAAAACCAAUAGAGCGAGGGAAGUAUAUUGUAAAAGAGGUGAGAAUGGUAAUGGAUAAGGCAAAAGACUUGUAUAGUCUUCAUCAUAUUCUUGACCCAGCCAUUUUGGAUACAAGCCUGAAAGGUUUAGAGAAGUUUGUGGACCUAGCAAUGAGCUGUGUGGAAGAAUUAGGAGUUGAUAGGCCUAAAAUGGGUGAAGUGGUAAAAGCGCUUGAAAAUGUCAUGCAUAUUGCUGGGAUGAAUCCCAACGUUGAGACACCCACAAGUUUAGCAAGUUAUGAGGAGGCAUCUAAGGGAAGUCCCUUCCAUCCUUUUAGCGAUGAGUCCCUUGCUAAUAGUAGUACAUUUCCAGCUUCAAAUUAAGGUUUGAACAUGUAUUGCAUUUAACUUUAGAUUUUGGAGCAUUGAACAACUUCUGUGUCUAGCAUUUAGUUUGACAAGAGGAUCUAUAUAUAUGUGUGUGAAAAUUAGAAUGCCCUAGUGCUUAAAAUAUCAAGAUUGUCUCUAAAAUUAUUUAAAUACUCUUAAUAAAUCUUCUUUACAUGUUGAUUCACAAAGAGUAUUUAAAUGUUUUCAUAGGCAAUCUUGAUAUUUCAAAAAUAUUUAUAUGUGUGUGUACAACUGUACAAGUAUGCUUUGUAUUGUAUCUCUUUCGUUUGUUCCAAACUGAAAUGGAUAUAGAUGAUGGCAAAGAAUUGUGUAGAAAGAUCCUAAAAUGCUUUAGGAGCAAUGUUGCAGUGAG